UUUUCACCGGCGUAUCUGAACGAGAUGAUACUGACUGUCCACAGUACAACAGGUACAACGAGUACAACGAGUACAACGAGUACAACGAGUACAACGAGUACAACGAGUACAACGCAUUUCAUAAACUGUCAAAACUGCGGCCAUCGAGACAUGUAUACGUCCAGUCCAGCAGGGGUCGCUGUGGGCUCUGCACUCGGUGUCUCUGUUUACCUGCCGCUGGCUCUCUUUGUCCGCUCCGAGACUCAAAGUGCGCAGAAAGGAGGACAAUGUGCGCAGAAAGGAGGACAAUGUGCGCCGUGCAGCUGCUGCGGGUGUCGGUACGUGAGCGGAUCAGCGCGGCCGCUGAAGACUUCCUGCUGCAGCUGGAGAAAGGAGAAGAAACGGCUCGAGUCCCGGCGCUGAGAGCGCUGCUCACCGAGCGGCUAGCGGCGGCGGCGGAGGAGAUCGUCGCGGUGUUUGAGGAAACCGUGGCGGAGUACGAACACAGAGUGGAGCGGUCCGAGCGGGAGGUCUGCCGCCAGAGGAGGCUGCUCGAUGCCGUGAUGAAGCCCGAAGUCCGGCUGCACAGAGCAGACAUCCUGCAGCUGGUGCUGAGUAAAGCAGAGGUUCCCCCUGAGCAGCAGCAGUGGAGCCCCCUUGUGGACCAGGAGGACCCAGAGCCCCCCCACAUUAAAGAGGAACAGAAGGAACUAAGGAUCAGUCAGGAGGGAGAGCAGCUUCAAGGACUGGAGGAGGCUGAUAUAAUAAAGUUCACAUUUACUCCUGUCGCUGUGAAGAGGGAAGAAGAUGAAGAGACACCUCAGUCGUCACAGCUUCAUCAGAGUCAGACUGAGAACAGAGCGAACGGUCGAGGACCAGAACCAGCCAGGAACUCAGGUCCUGAUGGACAUUUCCAACCAGGUCCUGAGGACAAGACUUCAAACUGCUUUGAGCCUGUGGCUGAAAACAGAGGUGGUGAUUGGAAGAAGACCAGGGAAUCUCCAUCUUGUUUUAACACAAGAAUUAACCAACUUCCCUGCAACACACUGCCGACCGUGAGGCUCCCUAAAGGCCUGGAGAAGAUCCUGGCUAAUGUCGGAUAUGUGAAUGGAGAGUUGCUUUACAAUGUUCCAGCAGCUUCUCCUCUUGUCGCUGCUGCUACUCAAGCGAAACCCCUGAUUCCACAAAAGAGAAGGCGGGUAAACCCGCUGGACGACAGUAGGCCGUACAUCAAGAAGCCGCCCAACGCUUUCAUGCUUUUCAGGAAGGAAGAGAGGCUGAAAGUCGUGGCUGAGCUCAACAACGCUAACAGUGCAACUGUUAACACCAUCAUUGGACAGAAGAUGAUAAUACAUUGUCCAUUUUGUGGAUCCAACCUGAACUCAGCGACAACAUUCUGCCGACGCUGUGGCAACAAAGUCAGAUUCUUGUUUGAUGCCAAUGAUGCUGCCACAGGUCAAGCAGGAAGUACAGGAAAAGGUGCUCUGGCUUCAUUUCAGAGUUCGAAAGAGGCAAAAUCAUGUUUCAAGAAAAAGACAGAAAGAAAGAAAAAAGAACCACCGAAGGAAAACCUUGUGAAGAUUUCAGUGGGUAUGAUGCAGAUGACCAAGGGAUGGCUGAGAGCUGUCAGAGGAAUGGUUCUACCCGUCAGAGUGCGCCCAGGGGCGGAUGCAGAGGAACUGUUGAAAGCUGCUAAACAAAAAAUGAAGGACUUCAACACGAAUGCACAUGUCGGUCCCUAUGUCCUGCUCUUUGCUGAUGGUACAAAGAUAAUCAAUGUACCAGGAACAGAAACAGCCUUCUCUCUGAAACUCUACAAGGAGACAGUGAAGAAGGCGUACCAACGCAUCACAGUGUACCUUUGUACGGUUAAAGACUAUUCUGAGCAUCUCAGCAACCCGAGAGAUUCCGAGGAGACGGUGAGGAGAAGAAGUGCAGAACUCAAAGUGGUAUGUGAACCGACCUUGAACAGUACCAGUGAGGAUGUUGGAGAAUAUUCAAGUCAAACCUCGAAGCAAGUCCAGAAAAAUGUCCAUAUUCUGCGAAUCAUGUCCACAAAAUCUAGUUUGAAUGUUUCAACCAGAGAGAGAAAGAGAAGAGAGAACAUGACGUAUUAGUUCAAAUAAGUAACAAAUACGUUGAAGUGCUACGAGUACGAUCACGUGUGUGUUUCAGGUGCAAACAACGUCUUUCCAAAUGGCAAAGGAAAAAGUUGUUGUUCGUUCAGGUGGUGUCGGUCUUCAUGUUGGUUCUUAACCUUCUUAAUCUUCUGCUGGUGCAGGUCACCCCCUCACACAAGACUCGGCUGCAGGGUGUGUGCACGACCUUCAAUGACCUUCAUCACCUGUACAAGGUCAAGAUUUCACUCAAGGCCCAAACAAUCUAAGACGAUUUUAGCCUCUGGUUGUUUAGUGAGAUUUUGUUACUUAAUUCUGAUGCUGAACCAACAGAUUUAAAUGACUGCUGCUGCCAUUGGCCUGUUUGUGUAUUUCUUGUUAAUAUAUUGACUCUAUGUAGUUACUGCAUAAUCAUCGUCCAUCGCGAUAAUAAACUUUGGACCAAA